ACAAAGCCCAUGAAAUUUUCGUGCAUUGCUGGACAAUCCUCGUGUUUAUUGGCAUACUAGAAAGUUCCAUGCCAAUCGAACGAAAACGCGAAUUGUAAAAGAAAUCCGCAUAAAUACGCAAAAUCAUUUUUUAUUUUCAUUCGACAAAAAUCAAUUGAUCACACUUUUAGAAUCCUCUCUUUUCUCUUCAACUGCUUCUGAGCGAUUACUGCACUUAGAGUUUGAAUAGCAGAAUGCAAGGACGCGGUGGGCCUGGUGGUGGUAGGGAUCCUUUCUCUGACUUUGGUGCCCCUUUCGGUGGUUUUGGAGGCCAUGGUUCCUUUGGACCGGGUUUAAUGUCCAGUUUUUUUGGGGGAAGGGACCCGUUUGAUGAUCCCUUCUUCAACAGACCUUUUGGAGGGAUGUUCCAGUCUAGUAUGUUUGGUGGUUUGUCUCCUUUUCCUCCAGAAAUGCAGCGGUCUGGCAUUUUGGAUGGUCCGUCUGGGUUUCCUUUUCCUCGGGAAAUGCAACAAUCUGGUUUUCCUUUUGCUCCAGAUAUGCAGCCAUCUGGAUUACCAUUCAACCCGAACAUGCAUCCAUCUGGGUUUCUUGAGCAUUCAGAGCCUAGUAGUCGAAGGGGCCCAAUCAUUCAGGAAUUGGACUCUGAUGAUGAAAAUGAGAAUGCAAUGGAAGAGAAGAUAGAAAAUCCUAAAAAGCAUAGACGGUCAAGCAUUGAACCUUCUGUUGAACAUCCAGAUGAUGAAUUUGAAGGGAAGAAGAUCAGACAUGUGCAGGGUAGAAAUGAGUACAACAGGUUCAAUGCUCAACAGCUUCAGCCUCAGCCUCAAACUCGCAGCUUCAGCUUCCAGAGCUCAACAGUUAGCUAUGGUGGUCCAAAUGGAACAUAUUAUACUUCAUCAAAGACAAGGAGGACCGGAAGUGACGGAGUGACACUUGAGGAGAGCAAGGAGGCUGAUAGUUCCACAAGGCAAGCUUCUCACAGGAUUUCUAGAGGCCUGCAUGACAAGGGGCACACCCUUUCAAGAAAACUUAAUCCAGAUGGUAAGGUGGAUACUAUGCAGACUCUGCACAACAUCAAUGAAGAAGAACUUUCUGGCUUUGAAGAAGAAUGGAAGGGAAAGGGUCAAAAGUACAUGCCUGGAUGGAGCGGGAGUAUUGGAGCUAGCCAUAGUGGACAAGCUGAGCAUGCUGGGCAGGGAGGUUGGCUGCUCCCUUCAUCGGAGCAUAGUCAUCCUGCGGGAACACCCGAAAUUAGAGGUAAAGUGAGUUCUUCUCACGCACAGGGGAGGUUGAAGACAGAUUCAAAUGGUAGGGGUGCAUACCACCCAGGAAGGCAGGGCCAAAAUUAAUUUUCCAUCUGUAGUCAAGUUGACUAGUACUCGAGUCCCAUUCACCUUAGCAACAGUGUCAUGAUAUUUCUUAUGUUAUUACCUCUUGGUGUGUUUUCUCUUUCCCUCACCAUAGGUAGGUGUAUAUGAUAAUCUUAGCUGUAGUUUUUGUGCCAUAAUAGGAAAGAUUAAGCCAUUGAAAAUGUUAUGGUGAUGCCAGUGUCUGAGAUCUGUACAACUUGUUAUAACUCGCGUAGUGGUUUAUAUUACUGCUGUUCAUACUGCUUGCGGUUGUUUAGUUGUAUUCAUGAAUUUGUGUAUGAGGUGUUUAUCUUUUCCA